UUCUGGUAGUCGCUUCGUCCCGCAGGAUCCAGCAGACAUGACUCCUCCUCACAAGCCGACAGGACUCCUUCCGUCCCGGACUGCCUGUUGACUCGGAAGGCAGAGAAGAAGACGAGGAGCUCCUGAAAAAAGAGGGCAAGAUGAACUUUUCUUUUCCUGCUAGAAACUCCGUGAGGAAUUUGCUGUGGGUGUUUUUCCUGGGUGUCGCCAUGAGAUGCUACGGUGACCCUGGACUCUCGGUGGACGUAGAUGGUCUGGCUGAAUCUCAGAGUGGAGCUGCACCAACACCAGAGGGUUAUUUCCUGGAGGUGUUGGAGCCGGUCAACAACAUCACACACUUCCAGGGCCAGACAGCCACGCUGCACUGCAAAGUGGCCGGGAACCCACGCCCGACCAUACGCUGGCUUAAAAACGACGCCCCGGUCGUUCAAGAGCAAGGACGCAUCACUAUUCGCAAAACCGAAGCGGGAUCCAAGCUUCGCAUUCAGGAUCUGGACACGACGGAUACGGGCUAUUAUCAGUGUGUUGCCUCCAACUCGCUCAAAGUCAUCUCUGCCACGGGGGUGCUAUACGUCAAACUAGGACAGAUGCCUACGCAUGGGCCGGAUGAUACGUCACAUGAAAAAGGAUUCUGCCAGCCGUACCGUGGCAUUGCCUGUGCACGCUUCAUUGGCAACCAGAGCAUUUAUGUGGAGUCUCUGCAGAUGCAAGGGGAAAGUGAAAAUCGGAUCACUGCUGCCCUCACAAUGAUUGGCACCUCCACUCAUCUGUCGGAUCAGUGCUCCAAAUUUGCCAUCCCAUCCUUCUGCCACUACGUUUUCCCACUUUGUGACGAGGGAUCACGGGCUCCCAGGCGACGUGAGCUCUGUCGGGACGAGUGCGAGGCCCUGGAGAAUGACCUGUGCCACGCCGAGUACAUGGUUGCCCGAUCCAAUCCCAUGAUCCUGAUGCAGCUCGAGCUUCCGAGCUGUCACCUACUGCCCCGCCCCGGCACACGCGACGCUGCUUCCUGCAUGAGAAUCGGCGUUCCAUCGGAAAAACUACAUACAGACUCCCCAACGGACCAGAGCUGCUACAACGGAAGUGGCGCUGACUACAGGGGCACGGUCAGCAUCACGGCAUCAGGACAUCACUGCCAGCCGUGGAACACUCAGUACCCUCACAGUCACCAUCUGUCCCAAGAGUACCCUGAACUUUGGGGGAGCCACAACUACUGCCGGAACCCGGGAGGCCAGAUGCAGGCUCCUUGGUGCUUCACCUUGAACCCUCGGGUCAGGGUGGACCUUUGCGACAUUCAGCCUUGCAAGGCACCAGAGAACCCCAGGAAGGAGAUUCUGUUUAUUCUUAUCCCUGCAAUCGCCGUCCCGUUGGUCAUCGCUUGCCUCUUCUUUCUGGUUUGCAUGUGUCGAAAUAAGCAAAAGACAUCGAGCGACACGCCUCCUCGUUGUCAGCUCAGCAGCUCAUCCAACCAAGACAUGGAAAUGUCUCUCCUGAACCAGCAAAAACAUCAGGCAAAGCUGAGGGAGAUCAACAUGUCGGCCGUUCGAUUCAUGGAGGAGCUUGGCGAGGAUCGCUUCGGCAAAGUGUACAAGGGUCACCUGUAUGGAACGGCACCCGGCGAGCAAACCCAACUGGUGGCCAUCAAGACGCUGAAGGACAAGAUCGAUCCCGUUGUCAAUGAGGAGUUUCGCCAUGAAGCCAUGCUACGUUCUCAUCUCCAGCAUCAGAACAUUGUUUGUCUUGUGGGCGCUGUAACUAAGGAGCAACCGAUGAGCAUGAUCUUCGCUUACUCAAGCCUUGGCGAUCUGCACGAGUAUCUCGUUAUGCGCUCCCCUAACUCGGAUGUUGGUAGUUCCGAUGACGACAGGACAGUGAAGUCCACUUUGGACCAAACAGAUUUCCUUCAUGUUAUUACCCAGAUUGCUUCCGGAAUGGAGUACCUUUCCAGUCAACAAAUCGUCCAUAAGGAUCUUGCCGCUCGGAAUAUUCUGGUGUUUGAUAAACUAGGCAUCAAGAUCCUGGAUCUCGGCCUCUUAAGGGACGUGUACUCGGCUGAUUACUAUAAUCUAAUGGGAACUAGUUCUUUCCCGAUUCGCUGGAUGUCACCUGAAGCUAUCAUGUAUGGAAAGUUUUCCACCGAUUCCGACAUUUGGUCUUACGGUGUUUUGUUAUGGGAAACGUUCAGUUACGGUCUACAGCCGUAUUGCGGCUACUCCAACCAGGACGUCAUCGAGAUGCUACGUAGCCACCAGGUACUUCAGUGUCCUGACGACUGCCCGGCUUGGAUUUACACCCUCAUGCUUGAGUGCUGGAGCGAAUUCCCAACAAGACGACCUCGUUUCAAGGACAUUCAGACGCGUCUCCGUUCCUGGGAAAGUCUAUCAAACUACAACAGUUCUGCUCAAACGUCAGGGACCAGCAACACGACUCAGACCAGUUCACUCAGCACCAGUCCUGUGAGCACAGUGAACGCAUCGCGUUACCCGAGUCCCAAAAAGAGCUCACCCUUCCAUCAAGCGCAGUUCAUACCAAUGAAGGGUCAAAUGCAUCGACCUUUGGUCCCGCCGCAGCUCUACAUCCCUGUCAACGGGUACCACCCCAUGCCAGCUUACCCGUAUAUGCAGAACUUUUACCCCAUGCAGAUCCCAAUCCCGAUGCCUCACCAGCAAGUUCACCACCAAACCCAGCAGAUGGUCCCCAAAGCCGGUUCCCACCACAGUGGUAGUGGUUCCACAUCAACUGGAUACGUCACCACCGCCCCUUCCAGUAAUUCCGUAGCAGAGCGAGCGGCUUUACUGAAUGACGACUCCAAGACCAACGAAGAAGUCUUGGUUGAUGCCGUUGCCCAAGUCGAGGUUGGGCAAAAAGAGAACUUAGUACCUGAGACAGAAUUACUGGGUGAUACCGACUUUCGACAAACUGAUGAGCUGGCAACCCAACUGUCAGACACAUAAGCA